GUUUGCGGGGAGUGCUGCUUUCUCCAAGGCUAUGUGCAAGCUCGGUUUCACAGUGCAUGCUUAUGACAUUCAAUGGGGACGAGGUGGUGAUAUCCUUGAUCCUAUAGUAGAAAAUUGAAGACUGCUUUAGACAGGAAGACUUUUUCCUUUGUUCAUUUUGGCAUGCCCUGCGAAAGCUGGUCCCGUGCGAGAAAGUGGGAUGGCGGACCUCCACCACUCAGGGACAAUGACAGUUUUCUCUAUGGGUAUGACUAUUUGACUGGCUCCAAUCGCAUCAGAGUUGAACAGGGCAAUGCUUUGCUCAAGGCAACCUUUCUUCUGGCUUUGGCUGCGAUUGCUGCUGGCACUCCAUGGACAAUUGAAAACCCUUUCAGCAGUCGUGCUUGGCUAACUUUUGAGAUGACAAAGUUGCAGGAGCUUGGUGCUUUGCCACAACAAGUGCAUUACUGUCAAUAUGGCAAGCCGUGGAAGAAGGCCACCACUUUCUUAGGGUGGAAAAUUCCCAGCCUGCUUUUAAAACAGUGCGCCGGUUCCUUUGGGCAAUGCUCUGCUUCUGGUCGAAAACAUCUCGUGUUAGAAGGCCGAAAUUCCCAAGGGGUCUUUCGCACUCUUUUGGCGCAACCCUACCCCAAGGACAUGGUUGCCGAUAUUGCUGCUGUUUUGUUCAAACAUUUGCAAAACUUGUAAUCAUUUCCUACCUUUCUCACAGAAUACUCCGAAGUCGGGUGUGGGAAGACAAAUUGAUGGUGGUUGAACCUUUCAUGCGUGGCAUCUUCACUCAGCUUGACUUCAGAUGCCCAUACCUUUCAGCUAUCGCAUUAAGCUUCUCAGACCUGCUGCCUUGACCAAAGGCUCUUGGGC